AUGAGCACAGAUCACAUUGAUGAGUACACUGAUGCUGCUGAAAGAUAUAGGAACAUAUUUAAUACAGUGAGUCAGGAUUUAAACCAGUAUGAGAAUGAAAUUGGAGAUUAUACUGAAGCAGAAACAAGAAAAAUCGAUGCUUACGCGGAAAGUUUGUUCGAAAAAGUGCUUGACAAAGUGCAUCAAUACAAUAAAUCCUCAUAUACUAUGUACAAAAACUGCGAAGACGUUGAUAGUUGGUUUCAACGUGUUAAAACACUACAAGAUACAAUAUUUAAAGUAGACACGAAAGAUACAGCUGAAUGGGGCAACUUUCUUUUCAAACAAGCUCAGAAUUCUCGUCAAUUACAAGAAAUGGAAACAGAAGUUCUUGCUAAACUUCGACAGUUGGUAAAUGAAGAAGAAUCACCAGAGUAUAUACGCCUUAAAUUAAUGAGAGAUGAUAUGGCUUCUCGUUUAGAAAUCAGAAAAUCUGUUGCAAAUCAACUCGAAAAUGAAACUAAUAUCGCAAUUACACAACUCAACAAUACAAUACAGAGCAGAGAUACGUUUGUUCGUGAAAUGGAGAAAGCAGAACAAACUUUGAAGAUUUUUACAGCAAAAAACAGUUUUCAAAUCGUUCAAGAUGCCAGAAAGAAGGAGAUAAUUGAACAUAAUUGGAUCAGAAGGAACAUUGAGCUUGUAGAUUCAAUAGAAACCCUAAAAAAAGAAAUUGAACAAUUUCAUAAUCCAGAAAAAUUCGAAUCUGAGAUGAAAAAGAUAUCUUUACAGCAAGAUGCAGAAUAUAAGAAGCUUAAUUCCCAAUACGAAGACGAACUUUUCAUUGUUAACCACGAAUUAAGUCAAAUUUCGUCAACCCAUCAGUCAAUGAUGGAAACAUUGAAGAAAGAACUGAACGAAAUAAGAUCUGAACAACUUAAGCAGGAAAGGAAGUUGACAAAUACAUCAGUUAAGCAAGAAAAAAUGUCUUCUGACAGAUUUAUCAAUAAUUACAAAAAAAUUCGGUUUGCGAGUAUCAAAUCCAUUGAAAAAGAGUUCAAAAGAACCACAAUAAAGCUAAAUGACCUCAUAAAUAUCAUUACAGAAGACCAUAAAAAAGAUGUUGAUGAUUUAAAAGCGAAUAUAUCGAAAAUGUACCAAGAACUCCAAGAAAUACUCAAAAGAAGACAAGGACAUAUAGGAAACAUGACAAAUUUCCAAUUAACUCAGCUGCAAUCGUCAAAUCAAAUUUCAUUAGCAGCAUUACAAGCCAAAAAAGAACAAAUCAUUGAAAAAUCGCUUCAUAAGGAUAUAGAAAUUGAUGCUUUGAAUAGACAAAUAGUUCCUGUCGAAGGAGUUUAUAAUGAUCUUUACCAGAUUUACUCAACAAUGCUGGAUCAGCAGAAUAACUUUGAGUUGAUGUAUAAAACUGAAUGCGAUAAGAUCAGUGGUAUACAGCAGUUGUCUGAAUCAAGAAAUAAAGCAAGAUCGAGGUUUAUUUCAAAUGCAAAGAAAAUUAUUUUGAUUCUUAAAGAAAUUUUGAGAAAUAAGAUGAAAAGAAAUGAUCCAUUGAAGGAAAUAAUCAAGAAUCAUCGUAAAAUAACAGCAAAAGAUGAUUUUGAAAUUAAAAUUAUUCCUGAAUUUAAAAUUAAACAAAGAGAGAUAUCAGAAACUCAAGAAUCACAACUUAAAGAAGAAGAGGAAUAUGAUAGUGAGCCUUUACAGUUCGAAAGUCCUUAUAAACCUGAAAAUUCUGAAAUAAUUUUACCAGAAAAAUCAAAUUCAGAACAAUUAAUAUCAGACCAACCAAGUACAUAUCAUAGUUAUGACAUUAGUAAUCAAGAAAUCACAGAAAAUUCAACAUCUCAUAUUUCAGAAUUUCCAGAACAUUCUUUUGACAUAAAAACAAGGUCAUUAAAUAAUAAUGAGACUAUUGAAACCUCGCAGAAGAGUAAUUUUGAAAAUUCACAAGUUAUUUCUGAAAAUCAGAAAAUUUCUUCGCAAAUCAAUGAAUCAGCGAAAAGCUUGCAGCAAAUUUCAGAAAUAGCACUAAAUAAAGAAAAUGAAGCCCUAAAAACAGAAGAAUUUAGUGAAAUUUCUGCAAUUUCAGCAAAAUCAGCCACAACAUCAGAAAAAUCAUUUACUUCUCUUGCAAGUGCAGGAGUUCAUAGUUUAAAUGAUGAUUCUGCCGAAUUCCUUCCAAUACAAAUAAUAACUCCUCCAUCGAGUUCUUUUUCUUCUCAAAAAGACUUUAAACCACGAGAACCAACACAAAGGAGGUCAUCUGAAUGCAGAAAACCAAGAAAGGAAUCAUUGUCUGCACCAGAAACCACAACUAGAAAAAGAUCUCUUUCUGGAGUUGUAAAAACCAAAAAAGAUCCAAUAAGAACUCGAACGAAUAGGUCGGAAAAAAGCUCAGAAUUAUCACGUCCUUCUCUUCUUCUCCCUAAAACAGACAUAAUUCUCGGUGUUCGACCUGUUUCUGGAAGAUCUUCUCAUUCGGAAUCAUUUGAUUUCAAUGCAAGCGAAAGAGAACCAAGAGUGAGAAGAAGGACACAAACAGAAGAAGAUAGAUCAUUCAGAUUCGUAAUGAGAGGCUCUGUUUUUGGCGAAAAACCAAAGAAAAGAAGAAAUACAACAGCAUCAAGAGUCAAAGUUGAGAAAAUCCUCAAAAAAUAA